AUGGCAGUCCUCCCUGCAGUGCAGGACUCCGGGGACUUUGGUCUUCAGGCGGGAAAGCACAAAUAUGCCAUCGAACUCGUUGCAGAGAUAGGGCGUGACUCAAUCCACUUGCGCCUUAAAUACCAGGAUGCUUUUCUCUCGGAAAAGCAAGCGCACGAUGUGGCUAGCACCACCAAAAGAGCCAUCAUCCUGUGCCUGCAAUCAACCCUGGAAGACACUGUCGGAAACGCAAACAUGAUAAGCGAGCGGAAUAAGGCAGAUUUGGCUUCUUGGCACUCAGGCACUUUCCCUCUAGCGACCGGCUUUGUCCACGAAGUGGUGCGUCAACGCUGCUUUACAGAUGCCGCUGCACUCGCCAUUUGUGCCUGGGAUGGGGAGCUGAGCUAUGCGGAGCUGGACGAUUUGAGCGACCGCCUCGCCGUCCAGCUUGUAGAGAAAGGAGCUAGGCCGGGCGUGUUCGUGCCGGUUUGUUUUGAGAAAUCCAAGUGGGCGAUUGUCGCAUCACUGGGAGUACUCAAGGCAGGGGCCGCAUUUGUGCCUCUAGACCCGUCCACUCCGAAGGAGCGGCUAGAAAACGUCCUACGGCAUGUAGAGGCGGAAUUCGUCUUGGCCUCUUGCGAUCAUGCCAAUCUCUUUACGGCGACGAUGAUGCACUGCAUCGUGCUAUCUGACGUGACUAUCAAGCAGUUUCCCAAACCCAAUAUGAGCAUCAGUAUCCCUCUCCGGGGCAGUGACCCGGCAUAUGUGCUGUUCACCUCUGGAAGUACUGGCACUCCCAAGGCCUGUCUAGUUGACCACUCCGCCUUCGCAGGAGUGUCGACGCAUGGGGUGGGCAUGCGGAUGGGCCCGAACAGCCGGGUUUACCAGUUCGCUUCCCACGCCUUCGGUAUGGCCUUGAUUGAUAUCUAUUGUGCUUUGACACUUGGCGCUACUGUCUGUGUCCCAUCUGAAGCGGAACGGACGGGAUCCCUUGCGCAAUCAAUGACUCGUAUGCAGACAACAUGGGCCAUUUUGACACCGUCCAUCAUCCAGUCAAUUUGCCCUGACGACCUACCGCACCUUCAGACCUUGGUAACUGCGGGAGAGCCUCUGCCACGAGAGUUGAUGAGUCUCUGGGCGCAGCGGGUACACUUGGUGCAGGGUUAUGGCCUGACUGAAUGGGCGGGCAUCUGUGCUGCCAGUGAGCCCCUCAGCCCGGCGGACAGUCCGGGGAAUGUAGGGCGGCUACCCACCUCUCGCAUGUGGCUGGUCGACCCGGAGGAUCCAUCGCGCCUGGUCCCUGUAGGAGCAGUGGGAGAGAUGCUCUUGGAGGGUCCAUGUUUAGCGCGGGAAUACUUGAAGCAGCCGGAUGAGACAUCAAUGAGUUUCAUCAGCCCUCCCUCCUGGCGCUUCGAGUAUCCGGGCCCAUUUCCAAAUCGGCUUUAUCGAUCGGGGGAUCUUAUGCGCUACUGCGAUGACGGUACUUGCAUCUACGUUGGCCGGAAGGGCACGCAAGUCAAGAUUCGUGGUCAGAGAGUCGAGCUUGCGGAGGUAGAGUAUAACGUCAGGAAGAGUUUUCCAACAACCCAAAAUGUGAUUGCAGAACUGAUCGUUCCGCGAGACGACGAACGACCCCGUCUAACAGUAUUCUUGUUGUUGCAAUCUACGAACCCACUACCUGCGAACCCCGACCAGCACGAUUCCUUCCUCGCGCCGCCGUCGGAGGCCUUCCGUGCCUACGCUGAGACAGUCAGGGCUGCGCUGGCGGCUGUACUGCCGCGCUACAUGGUUCCAGAUCUCUACAUCCCGCUCACACGGGUCCCUUUGACGCCGACUGGCAAGAGGAGUCGCCGUGAUCUACGUCGAAUCGGCAGCGAGAAGACGCUAGCGGAGCUAACUUCCUAUAUCCAUGUGCAGCAGGUUGCUCUCAUGCCAAGAAGCUCUCAGGAAAUUCUCUUACAGGGCAUUUUUGCUCAGGUACUGAAGCGCGACCCUUCGACAAUCAGUGUCGACGACAGCUUCUUCCACAUCGGCGGUGAUUCCAUUGCUGGUAUGCAAGUCAGUGCACUCUGCCGGAAGAAGGGGAUUAAUAUAUCAAUGCAGGAUCUGUUCCGAUACCGAACUAUUGCAGCGCUGGCUCCACAUGUGCCUGUAGUGGAUGGUAUGUUGGUCUGCGAUGAUGCUGCAAUCGACAAUAUAAGCCCGAAAAAUGAGACAAUGACUCAAUCCUAUGACCACGAGACAUUUGCUCUAUCUAUUCCCCAAGAAAUGUUCUUUGCCAGCUGCGGGUGUGUGCCCCAUCAAGCCAGCCAGAGACGAGUGAUGCGAUUAACUCGUCUCUUCGAUGCGGAGACAGUUCGCAAUGCGGUAGUGCAACUAGCACGGUGGCAUCCAAUGCUUCGAGCACGAUUUACACAGAGUCAAACCGACGAAGGCACCAGCAAGUGGCAGCAGAGAAUUGCACAGCAUAGCCCGACGGUGUUCGCCUUCCUUACGAUUCACGUCUCCAGUACCAGGGACAUUCCGCACAUUGUGGCGGAGAUGCAAAGCAGCUUGCAUAUCGAGCAGGGACCGAUUUUUACCGCAGCGCUGAUCUACUUGGCCUCAGAGCAGUAUGUCGCCCUUGUGGCACACUGUCUGGUUGUUGAUGAAGUCUCUUGGGCCAUCCUGAGCCGUGACCUAGACGCAAUGCUUCAGGGACAGUCUCCAGCAGUGGAGCCGAAGACGGCACUUUCUUACGAAAGAUGGUGUCAGUCCCAGCAGUCGAGAGACAGAAAAGGCCUCCUCGCAUUGGUCCAAGCCCAAAGGGGGGAAGUGCCUAGAGGCGAAAAUAGUCGUCGGGUCUCGCAGAUGCAUUUUACUCUCGAUAAGCAGGUCAGUGCCGCUCUAGUAGGCAAUUGCAACGACGUUUUCCGCACCGUGCCAAUCGAUAUCUUUCACGCCGCCCUUCUUGUCUCGUACAUCAGAUCAUUUGCCAAUGCAACCGUUCCAGUGAUCCUCCUCGAACGGUCUGAUCGCCAGAUCCAAACCAAGGAGGCUUCACAGACAGUUGGCUGGCUGAGCAAGAUUAACCAGGUGUCUAUCGACAUAGACAAUGAAAUUGACAUUGUUGAGGCAGUCAGGCGAGCUAAGGAUGCUCGGCUGUGUACGGAAGCCACAACUUUGCCACGCGUGGCUGCUGAAGAAGAUAUAGAGGACAGAACCGUGAAGCCGCUGACCGUGCUGUUUCGCCACGAUCCCCACGAGCUCUAUACACCUGGACAAGAAGGAGCCGUGAUGUUGGAUCGGCAGCUAUCAAUUGAGAAGGAUACUGCCAUUCAAGUGGCGGCCUGUCAGCCGCUGGCAUCGGUCGACAUCACUGUUUCCUGCGUCCAAGGCUGCGUUCAGUUUACCCUGCAGUACCAACAUCAGGCAAUGGCCUUCCCUGAGGUCCAGCGGUGGAUGCAACAUUAUGAGCAGACUCUGCGAGAUGCAGUGACUCAAUUGACGAGCAUGCAGACAGGAUACACGCUCUCCGACAUUGCCCUCCCCUCGGCCACCUACGGAAACCUACAGGAGGUGCUUCGAUGCUCACCCAUGCAGCAGGGAAUCCUUUUGUCCCAAGCACGAAACCCCGAGUUCUAUCGCGUGCAAUCCUUUUGGAAAGCUCACCCCCCAAGCAAUCUGCCACCGGGCAUGUUACUGGCGCGCUUUAGGACCGCCUGGAAUAAGGUGAUUGCUCGCCACGCUAUCCUGCGGACCAUUAUGGUAGAAAGCCGCGUCCACCCCGGAAGCUUUGACCAGGUGGUUCUAAAGGAGGCGCCUCCUCGCAUUGACGGCAUCUGUCUUCCUCGAGGGGAUCCCAUCCCCGUCCUCCGGGAACGCAGUCGCCUCUGUGACUUGCCGACUGACAUGCCUGCUCAUCAUUUGACCAUUUGCAUCACCACAAAGGAGGUGUACUUAGGUCUCACAAUUAGCCAUGCGUUGAUCGAUGCGCAGUCUAUAAACAUCAUAAUGCGUGACGUCGGGAUUGCGUACGACGACAAGCUACCUCCGCAAGCCCCAUCCUAUGGGAAGUACAUCCACUACAUUCAGCAGCUGGACCUAGAGCGCUCCAUCACCUACUGGACGCAAUACCUUGACGGCGUUAAUCCGUCCCUACUUCCAAGCCUUGACUACCGACGCCAGGUUGGAGAACAGCAGGCCCCUGAGCUCAAAUCUCUGUCCCUUGAGGUUGAGGCGGCGCCACGGCUGCAGCAGGUCUGCAGCAAGCAUGGAAUCACCAUCUCGAAUUUGUUUCAGCUGGCCUGGGGCCUGACCUUGCACUGCUACACCGGCUUGGAUGAUAUAUGUUUCGGGUACCUGGCUGCUGGCCGAGAUAUCCCGCUAGAGGAGCUGGACGACGCUGUGGGACCAUAUGUGAAUAUGCUGAUCUGUCGAAUACAGCUGGCCGGUAGCGAAACGUUGAGCCAGCUGCUACAGAAAAAUCUGACCGACUUUAUUGACAGUUCCUCCUCUCAGCACACGCCACUGGGCCGAAUUCUUCAGUCAUUAUCUCUCUCAGGCCCACUGUUCAACACGAUUAUUUCCAUGCGGCCCCCCUCACACGAGGUCCAGAAGACUUCAUCUCUGGCAAUAAAGCCAGUCUGGGAACUUGACCCGACAGAGUUCGAUUUGGCCAUCAACGUCGAUGUUUCCUGUGACUCCGUCCAGGUCACAAUGAACUACUGGAGCACCACUUGUUCUGACGAGCAGGCGGCUAAUCUCGCCAGUACGCUGCAUAGGAGCCUCAGCAGCAUCCUGGAAACCCCGCAUCUCACUCCAGCCCAGCUUGAUCUAUUCAGUGACGACUGCUACGCCCAGCUCCAGGAGUUGAAUGCGCAGUCUCCAGAGCGAGUCGAGGAUUCCGCGACAGAUCUGAUUGCAUCGCACAUCCGCUCUCAACCUGGGGCCGCUGCUGUAUGCGCCUGGGACGGGAAGUUCACCUACGGGGAACUUGGCUGUCUUGCCUUGCAGCUGGCUACUCAGCUGGCAGCACAGGGCGCGGGUCCCGAGGUAUUCGUUCCCAUCCUCUUCAAGAAAUCCCGGUGGGCAAUCGUGGCAAUCCUCGCGGUUAUGCAGGCUGGCGCGGCGUUUGUGCUCCUCGACCCAUCUCAUCCGAUCGCUCGUCUGCGAGAGAUUUGCCAGCAGGUACACCCUCCCAUAGUUCUUUGCUCAGUAGAACAUCAGGAGGCGGCAGCAGAACUUGGAGAUCAUUUGCUUGUCCUUGGAGACGGCAUCGAGGCUCCCUGGCACACUUCCUCGAAUAAACUGGGCCCGCUCGAGCCGAGCCAGCCAUCGCAUGCUCUGUACGCCGUCUUCACCUCUGGCACCACCGGAAAACCAAAGGGAGUCGUGGUUGAGCACGCCACCUUUUGUAGCAGCGCCAUGGCGCAUGGGACACUGUUUGCUCUUCGACCCUCCUCCCGCGUCCUACAGUUCUCCUCCUUCGCCUUUGACGUCAGCAUCUGCGAGAUCCUGACAACACUAUGCUUUGGGGGCUGCGUCUGCGUUCCCUCCGAGGAUGAACGUCUGAAUGAUCUUGCGGGCGCAAUUAGCCGGCUAGGCGCCAAUACGGCUCAUUUCACCGCCUCGGUGUUACGUCUUCUGUUACCAGAGCAGGUCCCUUCCCUAGAAAUGGUGGUUGCUACUGGUGAAGCAAUGUCCGCGGCAGAUGUGGAUCAAUGGGCGAAUCAUGUACGGCUGAUGUGUGCCUACGGCCCAGCGGAGUGCUGUAUCUACACGCACGUGCAGUCACAGAUCGACCGCCAGGCCGACCCGCGUAACAUCGGAUACCCUACAACCGGCCUCGCGUGGCUCGUUGAUCCUAAGGAUCAUGAUCGCCUGGCACCCCUUGGUAGCGCUGGAGAGCUGGUUAUUGAAGGGCCCCUGGUAGCUCGCGGAUAUCUCAACCACGCGGGAGAGCCUGGAGAGGGAUUCAUUUCAGAGCCACGGUGGCGCUCACGAUUCUCAGCUGGUAGACAUGGCGCAUUCUAUAAGACCGGUGAUCUCGCGCGUUACGGUCCAAAGGGGUCCCUGCGUUUCAUUGGCCGUAAGGACACGCAGGUCAAGAUCAAUGGUCAGCGGCUAGAGCUGGCGGAGGUUGAGUAUAAUCUACAGCAGGCUGUGUCGGUGGUCAGCGAUCGUCCGCUCGAUGUCCUGGUGGAUAUCGUUUCUUUUGGUAAUCUAGCUUCCGACCCAACCCUGACCGCAUUUGUGGCGUCACGGAUGAUGCCCUGCGACUACGCGACUGUGAGCAUGGCCGACCUUGCAAAGGAGGUGUCUUCUUUAGUCCCCAGCCUCAGAGCUCACCUGCACAAGCUCUUGCCUCAGUAUAUGAUACCACGCAUGUAUAUCACACUUGAUAAAUUCCCCCUUGGUAAGACAGGGAAGGCCGAUCGCCGCCGCUUGCGAGAAGAGGCUUGCAAGGCCUGCCGAAAAGGAGUUCAUGCUGAGAUUCCAGGGACCGUCACUGUAAAGCGACCACCACACAAUGACGCCGAGCGGAAAAUCCAGGCCUUGGUCUCGCGCAUCCUGGGUCUGCCGGUCAACCAGGUGGGUCUGGAUGACAAUUUCUUCCUUUUGGGCGGAGAUUCUAUGGCUGCGAUGAAGCUCGUUGCGGCAGCGCGGUCAGUGGGUAUGAUGCUGUCCGUAAAGGGUGUUCUACAGCAGCCGCGACUUGUUGACCUAGUUCAGGGCCAGGGCCAACACCUGCAGCUCCCGGGCUCUGGAGAUGAGGGUGCUGCGCAGCCCUGCCACCCACUACCUGGAAGUGAAAGCAACGAAGUAGGGGAUUCCAUGCGCGACACCAUUGCUUCUCAGAUGGUCUUUGAUGCCUCGCUGAUCCAAGACGUCCUGCCCACCACCGAGUUUCAGGCGGAAACGGUGUGUACCUGGCCGGCUACCUACUUUCUGAUAACAAUGCACGGAUGCUUGGAUCCGAGACGCCUGCGAGUUGCCACCCAGAUGCUAUUAGAUCGACACGAGAUCCUGCGCACGGUCUUUGUGCGGCAGGAAACCACAGACCAUAUUGUCCAAGUUGUGCUUCAACCUAUCCCCGUGCCGUUCUUUGAAUUCCCCUGCGAUUCCGAGGAUCUCUCCAGCGCCUGCGAGCUUGUCUGUAGCAUGGACUCGGCUCGGGGUCUUCCUCUUGGCUAUUUGGCGACGCAGUUCACGCUUUUCUCGCAGUCUGCCAAUCCUAAGUAUCAUAUCCUAGCCGUGCGACUCUCACAUGCUCAAUAUGACGGAUACUGCAUGCCACUGCUGUACCGCGAUCUCGCCCGUCUCUAUGGCGAUGACACUCACCCUUUGCCUCCAGUCACGCAAUAUGCCGCCUAUAUACGCCACCUUACCCGAGCGGAGAAGUCAAAGGCUCGGCAAUUCUGGAGUCACACGCUAUACGCGUCCCGUGUGCCUACUCGCUUGGAUGAACUCUCGCUCGGCGCACCUGCGGAGUCCCUCAUGCCGGGUUCCUUGAUCGAGCUGACGACAAAUAUGGCCAUGCCCACGCCUCACAAUGGCAUCACCGUAGCCUCACUGAUGAAAUCUGCCGCUGCGCUCAUCCUGAUGAGCCUCUGCCAAACCACUGAUGUGGUUUUCUGCCAGGUCGUUAGUGGUCGAAACGUUCCCUUGCCUGGUAUCGAAACAAUUGUGGGUGUCUGCGCCAACAUCGUCCCCGUCCGUGUUCGUGCCCGACCACGGUGCACCGUUCAAAGCUUCCUCGGAGCGGUCCAGGAGCAGCACAUAGAGGCUCUUGAUCACGAGUUUCUCGGGCUGCAGGAGAUUCGCCGCUACUGCACCGAGUGGCCCAUGGUCUCUCCCUUCGGCUGUCUGAUUCAGCACCAAAGCCUGGAUCUGAGCCCCGAGUUCUCCUUGUCAGCAAAAGUAGAAUGUACAACCCGCGUCUUUGGUGGCGCCUUUGAGCGAAGUUAUCUCCAUCUGGUUACUAUCCCUCGGGACAAUCAGUUGACGGUACAGCUAUUUGCGCCGCCAGGCCUGCUAGACGAGCCACAUUGCCAGCGGCUUUUGGACCGGUUCUGCGAGACAGCAUUGUGGCUCUCCAGUCAUCCUGACCGGAUGGUGGACGAGUGGGAUGCAUCAAUAUAA